CUUUGGUCCGCUGCAUUUGGAGACUACAGUUCUACUUAAGAGGAUUGCUCGAAUAUAAAAUAACGAAUUAGUAGAUACAGAUAAUUACAGAACAGACGUUCCUGUUAAAGUUACAAUGGCACUGCUUCUCCGCAGCCGACUCGUCUCAUUUGGCGGACGUCGUGCUUUCGCAUCUCUUGCUCAGCCUAGACGCCUACGACAUAUACCUAUAGUAGUGAAGCCAUCUCACUUAGAAGCUCAGAAGGGGUUUCUAGAUGCUCGAAAUUUGGAGAAGGCGGUUGGUGCUAUGCACAGAGAUGGCCUUGUUGUUGUUGAGGAUGUAAUCUCUCACGAAGCCCUAGACCACUUAAACAAGAAGAUGGUGGAGGAUGCGCGAGUUCUACAAGACCGAGGUGAAGAUGGUCCCUUCAAUUAUAAUACUGGGAAUGUACAACAAGACGCCCCUCCCGUAGCCGAGUAUUUUAACCCUACUAUCUUCACAAAUCCCAUCGCAACUCAGAUCACAACCGCAGUGCUCGGCCCCCGUCCCAAGUGGACUUUCUGCUCGGCCAACUCAGCCAUGCCGGGAGGAACCCCAGCACGUCAACCAGUGCACUCCGACGCAGACUUCCAACACCCAGACCACCCAUUCGCGCUAGUCGUCAACGUUCCCCUCGUCACCAUGACACCGGAGAACGGCUCGACCGAGAUCUGGCUCGGAACCCACAAGCACGACGCAAACGUAGACGGGCAAGAGGGCGCGCACGGCGAGAGAGCCAGCGGUCGCAUACGGGACAGCCUUCUAGCCGAGCGCAAAGAGGUAUGUCCGCCAUCCCAGCCCGUCAUUCAGAAAGGCAGCGUCGUGAUACGAGACCUGCGACUCUGGCAUGCGGGCAUGCCGAAUCUGGCGCGCGAUGUCCGCGUCAUGCUUGCCAUGAUCCAUUUCGCGCCGUGGUAUAGGAAUCCCAUGCGUCUGCAGUUCUCCGAGGACAUCAAGCCUGUGCUGGAAAAGCUGGAGAGUGAGGGUCGCUUGGGGUUGGAGGUCCCGGUGGAUUGGAUAAGUAGGGAGGAAGCGCUUAGGACGUACCUGAAUAGGGGCUUUGGAAACAGCUAUGAUUUCAACCAAGCGCCUUAGGCUGUGUAGUAUAGUAUUAUUCCUGAGUCUUUUAUACCAUGUUUGGAUUAUUUGUUAAACUAAAUUGUUGGUAUGAUUCAUGAAAAAAGGGUCAAUAUUGUCGACUCAUAUUGUAACGUCUUA